AAAGUGAUCAAGGCCCAUAAAGGGCCCAACGAAUAUUAACACCUAAUCUGUUGUCUCCUUCCGCCGCCGAUCCCCAAAGAAAAAAGUAAAAGAAAUGGAGAGGUUGGUCAGCGGAGAGACAACGACGUCGUCGAACAUGAAGAAGAAGAAGAAGAAGGUGUCGUCGACAACAAAUCCGUCACUUCCCGAUGAUUUGGUAUUGGUCAUCAUCGCACGCGUCUCAAUAUUAUACUAUCCUAUUCUCUCACUCGUCUCCAAGAGCUUUCGAUCUCUCCUGGCUUCACCGGAGCUUUACAAGGUCAGGUCACUCUUGGGCCGCAGGGAGAGUCGUCUCUAUGUGUGCAUAAAUAUGUAUUCUUAUAAAAACGGCCCUAGCUGGUUCACCCUCUGCCGGAAACCGGAUCGAACAACAACCAGUAGUAAUAAGGAGGAGGACAGGUCAAGUGGUUAUGUCUUGGCAAGAAUCCCAAUUCCCCAUUCUCCUUUGACUCAGAGAUAUAGCCUCGCGGCGGUUGGUUCUAAUAUCUAUAACAUUGGCGUAACCAGAUACCACCAUUUGACCUCCUCUAGUGUCUGGGUUCUGGAUUGCCGGUCUCACACGUGGCGCCAGGCUCCAAGCUUGCCGGUGGAGCUAUUUAGAGUUUCUGUUAGCGUCCUUGAUCAAAAGAUAUAUGUAGCAGGGUUACACCAAGAAGAUGGCUCGGAUUCCUUGAAGAACUCGGUUACGGUGUUGGACACAGAAACACAAGUAAGUGAUCGGGUGGCUAUCCCAUGCAGCGUGUCACAAGGCAAGGAGAUCUUCAUAAGCACAAGUGUUGGCGGAAAGGUCAACCUCGUGACUGGGAGAAAGGUGGUUGAUUACAAUCCAGUGGAAGGUAGCUGGGAGGAGGUUGGAGAUACCAUGUGUGAGUUUAUGUUUUCAAAAUGUUUUUGCGUGGUUGGUAAUGUUUUGUACUCAUGUGCUAUUGACCGAGUGUUCAGAUGGUAUGACACUGAGGUAAGAACAUGGAGAAAUUUGGAGUGUUUGAUAGGAGGACGACUACCCAAGUUAUCUCCGCGUGCUUUUGUUAGUUUGGCUGAUUAUGGUGGAAAGCUCGCUGUUUUUUGGAACCAAGGUGUCGGCGAUUGGCAGAUGCUUUGGUGUGCAGUGAUUGCGCUUGAAAGGCGCAAUACUUGUGAAAUUUUGGGGAAUGUUGAGUGGUCUGAUCAUGUGCUUCAUGUCCCUAAGAUACGUUCUUACUACAACGCUCUUUCUGCUACUCUCUGAGAUGAAUGUGUCAGUAUGCUUGAACCGUGUCUUCAUCUUUUUGUGUAACCGUUGUAUUGUGGUCUUUGUUCUGUGGUAUUUUAUGAUUUAUUGGCUUUGAUUUCGAUUUUAUUUAGUUUAUUUGAUUGUUUGUCUUGCUCUUUUGGCUCGGUAGUUUAAGAUCCUUUUGUAAAGAGACGAUUGGAAUAAACAAGUAUCCUAUUUGAGCUUAGUAGCAAAUGGAGUAUUCAUUAUCUUGAAUAAAUGGUGCAGUAGAA